AUGACAUCUAAUCCUGAAAGAAUGCAGCUCAUUAUCCACUAUUUAUGUCCCUAUGCUCAGAGAGCUUUAUACGCACUAGCGUAUAAAGGGAUACAAUGUGAGAUAACAGAAGCGGAUUUAGUUAAUAAGCUAUCAUUCCUCCUAGAAGUCAAUCCAUUAGGAAAAGUCCCAUCUCUCAGAGUUGUUCAGGACGGAAAAGAAUAUCACCUUUCUGACUCAGCCUGUGUUGCUGAAUAUUUUGAUUCGUUUCCAGGCCCAGCUCUUUACCCAAGAAGACCUGACGGCUCAAUCAACCCAUUAGAAAAAGCCUUAAUUGAUAUUAAGGUAAAACUUGUUUCUGAUGCACUGCCUGCCACUCUUUUCCCUCAUUUCAGAGCAACUGGAACUCCUGCUCCCCCCCUCCAUGAGCGAACAAAACCAUUAGAAAAAUCCCUAUUUUUUGCCAAAAAACACCCUCUGUAAGUGAACAAAAAUUUUUUUAAUAGAAAAUUUUUUAUGGGAAAAAAUUUUGAUACAUAAGUGAUAACUAGUAUCAUAAAAUCUGUUUAUUUUAAACAAAUCGCGUUUUAAAACAUAAAUUUUACAAAUUAACAUUAAUAUUUGCCUUCUAAUUUUCGAAAAUUUUUUUCUAUAAAAUUUUAUAUAUAAUUGUUUUUAAGACAAAAAAUUAACCCCUCCAUGAGCGAACUAGAUUUUUUUGUUCGCUCACAAAGGGGGAGUGUGAGCAAAUUGAAGCAGCUAAGAAAAUAUUGAGAACUAUUAAUGAAUUGGUUGAAGGAGGAGGAUUUCUGAUGGCCAAAGAUCUGGGAAGAAAUGAAUUUACUUUGGCUGAUCUUAUAUUACUUCCAUUUGUUGAAAGAAUUGUUGCUUGGAAAGAUCAAUUCUGGAGCCAUCUUGUGGAAGGAGAAGAUUUUUCUAAUUUGUGGGCCUGGUUCGACAGAAUUAUGCAGGAACCUUGGGCUCAAAGAUUCAGAAUACAGCAGAGAAGACUCAUAAACAAUAUGACUCGAUUAAGAAGCCCUGGCUAUGAGGGGCUUGAGCUUCCAGUAACUAAUUAUGAUUAG